AUGGGUCUGUUUGGGGCUCCAGCAGCAGCCAUCAUGGCUAACUGCUGCGCAGAAGCUGUUGCGAAUAAGCUGGCUAACUAUUCGAGCACUACUGAUCAUCGUCAAUCACCAUUGAUCGUCAUUGAUCACACCUAUCACCGUCGACCGUCACUCACCGGAAGCCUUCUUUUUGUGCAGUUCUUCGAAUGUGGCACUAAGCUGUGGAAACAGAAAAGCGAGGCCUUGCAGAAAGCGAAAAAAGAAUUCAUCCAGAUCUUGAAGACGCUGGAAGCCGAGCUCGGUGACAAGAAGUAUUUCGGCGGCGAUGCCUUCGGGCUGGUCGACAUUGCUCUGGUUCCCUUCACAAGUUGGUUCUACAGCUACCAAACUCUCGCCGGAUUCAGCGUAGAGCAGGAGAGUUCAAAUCUGGUGGCGUGGGCGAAGCGCUGCUUGGAGCGAGAGAGCGUGGCAAAGACUCUGUAUGAGCCGAAGAAAAUCUAUGAGUUUGUGGGAUAUCUUAGGAAGAAGUAUGGCAUGGAGUAAAGGUGAAUGUGGGUUUAUAUGGGAUUUGAAUUUGUUACCGUUGGUGUUAUACUUGUUAUG